AUGGGCGAUACACCAGCCCCCGCCAUCAGCACAGAAGCUGUCUACAAGACUGCGGAGUUGUAUCGAGAGGAUAGUCCACAAGCCGCAAAUCUCCUAAAACAUUCCAGUUACGUGGAUGAUUUGAUUGACUCACGUCCAAGUAAACCCGACGCGUUAAAGAUUGCCAAGGAAGCAGAGGAUAUCCUUGCCAAAGGAGGAUUUGCUGUAAAGUGCUGGCAAUUCAGUGGCGAAACACAACCUCGCGUGAAAGAAGAGUUGUUAAGAUUGGACCUGCCAGAAAAGAGUGUUGAAAGCUCAGACCAAGGACUAAUAAUGUUAAAAGGAACUGACGAAAACUUACGAGUGCUCGGUCUUGGAUGGAACCCAAAGAAAGAACCACUUCCCGGUGAAAAGAAAGUCCAUGUUGCAGCAGCAUCGAGCAUAGAGGCAUUGUUGAUCGACUAUGAACGAUUCAGCAAUAUCAACAAAGCUAUUUGGGUCGUCGCCAGAUUGCUAAACAUUGCGAAGAAGAAAAGUUUUAAAGGCGGAAGGACUCUGUCCAUCUCGGUUAAGCAAUUACAAGAAGCCGAAAACUUUAUUGUUAAAGAAGUUCAGAAAUCAAUUGAAAGUGAACUGACAAAAACUGAUCUCAAAGGAAGGAAAGGUGGUCGUUUCGCUUGUUUGAAUACAGUCCAAGAUGAAAGUGGACUCUGGGUAGUGGGACAGCGCCUGAAGAACAAAAAUUCCAUGACAGUGGAUUCUUCGCUCCAAAAGCUAUUGCCCUACCGACAUCAUGUCACCAGACUCUUCAUGCAACGAGCUCACAGUCCUGGUCAUAGAGGUCGUGAUGCAACCUUAGCACGAUUCCGUCAACUCUACUGGGUAACCCAAGGAAGCAAACUCGCUCAAUCAGUCAAGAGUAAAUGUCAGAUGUGCAAGCUACGAGAAGCAAAGUUCCUCGAGCAGCAAAUAGGACAACUACCGGAAGCAAGAUUGAAACCAGCUCCAGCUUUCAACCACGUUAUGAUAGACCUUUUCGGACCCAACUCGGUUCGUGGAGAAGUACAGAAAAGAACAAGUGGUAAAGCGUACGGAGUAAUCUUCACAGAUCUAGUUAUGAGAGCAGUCCACAUUGAAGCUGUGUUCGGGUACGAUACCGAAUCAUUCCUAAUGGCCCUCAGCAGAUUCGUCAGUGUUCGUGGUUGGCCCAAAAUCAUAUAUAGUGAUCCCGAAUCACAACUAAUUGGUCCGGAAAGAGAACUCACGGAAACCUGGAAGAGCAUUGACCGACAAUCCCUACAUAAAAGUGGCACAGAGAAUGGAUUGACCUGGAUCUUCGGCCCCGCUGAUAGUCCUUGGUACCAAGGAGCUGUAGAAUCCCUGGUGAAGAGUGCCAAGAGAGCUAUUCAUUUCGCAAUCAAUAACCAACGUCUUUCAGUCCAAGAGUUCAUGGCGGUGUGUAGCGAAGCCACGAACCUUCUCAAUGAAAGACCUAUCGGAACCCUCCCGAGCGCUGAUUCCGAAUUAAACAUCCUUACUCCCAACAGCUUGUUACUGGGCAGAGCAACGGCGAAGAAUCCUGGUGGAUGGCAGCCUAACGGUAAUGAUCCAGGAAAGCGUUAUCAUUUUGUCCAGAUCGUGACAGACGAGUUCUGGAAGAAAUGGACGGAGUUAUACGCCCCAGCCUUGGUUAUUCGUCGCAAGUGGAAUACAGCCAACCGUAACCUGCGCCCAGGAGAUGUUGUAAUAAUCGCCGACCGUAAUACCUUGCGAGGAGAUUACCAUUUAGGUAUAGUACAAGAAGUGUUUCCCAGUCAAGACGGAAAAGUUCGUCGAGUAAAUGUCAUGUACAAAAAUUUUCAAAUUGGAGAAAAGGUACAAAAAUACAAAGGACAUAACGAGGCUGUCAUUGUGUCACGAAGUGCUCAGCGAUUAUCGUUAUUAGUACCAGUGGAUAUGGAUCAAGACCAGGAAACCAAGUCGGAAGCAAAAGAGAGUGUAUGA